AUGUGUAAACACGUUCUCAACGCCCAGGUCUCCAUCCGGUCGCCCUGCUGCCACAAAUGGUUCGAUUGUGUCGAAUGCCAUCGUGAGCAGGAGGACCACCCUCUGAUGCAGCGAUUCGAGAUGGUCUUUGCUUGCAAGAAGUGCAAAAAAUGCUUCCGCAAGGACGCCCGCGAAUUCGAAGAUUCUGAUGAGUACUGUCCACACUGCGACAACCAUUAUGUUCUUGACGCAAUUACACCAAAGGCGGCAAUAACGGUGGAGGGCGGCGAUGUGCGGAUCGACAACCGUAUGAUAAAGGACGAUCGCGUCAAAGCCCAGCAGUUUCGCGACAUUUUCGACCCAGACCUGGACGCCGACAAACUUGGUUGA